AUGGACGAAGAGUUAGCAAAAAAAGAUAUUUUUGGCGAAUUUGAUGAAAAAGAAGAGCAAGCCAAAGCAAUAUUGAAAGAAAUCUCUAAAUUUCUUACCAACAAAAAAAAUAAAAAAAGACUUAAUAAAGCAGCCGCUGAAAUGGGAAUAGAUGCUGAUGGUAAAAUUACUAAUGUUGGAAAUGCCAAAGUUGAACUUUCCAAAAUAACCGCAGAACGAAGAGCAAAAUUAAGAGGUCUCUCCAAAGACGGAACAAUCCAAAAUCUACUGGACGGUCAAGAACUAUUUGAAAAUAAAUUUACUGCCCUUAGUGCCACUGGUAGUGGUAGCAGUUGCUAUUUUAACAGUUUAUCCCUUUGGCUCAAAGCAUAUGCAGAUGGCAUUGACGUUUUAUCCGACACUACUAGCAUUGGUAAACAAGCCGGAGGAAAUGAACAAUAUUUUUUUGCUACUCUUUUUGAUUGUAAUAUUGUUACUAUUACCAACUCUCAUGUUGAUGGUGGUGUAAUUAGUGUAAGUAUUGUAGAACCAAACGGUGAAGCAUCUGAAAAAGAUGGCAAAUUUAAAGAUAAUAAAAAAGAGACAAUUUGGCUUUUUCAUAGUGGCGACUACGAUUUGAAAAAAGGCACUAGACUAAAAGUUGAACUUGCCGAACUUGAAGCAGGAAGCAGCCAGGAAGCAGACGCACCAGUUGAAUUAGAAAAUAAAACUGGCUAUCAUGCGCGGAUAGGUGAUGCCGAUUUUGCCGAACUUGAAGCUAUUUGA